CCACUGACCGCUGACGUAGAAGAUAGGCCUCGACGUAGUCUAUAGCCACAACUGAGAAGAACGAUCAUCGACGUAACCUAAAAUCAACAUCAGCUAUCUCCGUUGCUCGAAAUACUUGGAGGAGAUAUUCGCAUGUACUUUAUUGAAUUCUACAGUGUUGAAGUGUGAAACUGCAAAAUGUCGGAGCGCAAAGUAUUGAACAAAUACUACCCGCCGGACUUCGAUCCGUCGAAGAUCCCGCGCAUGAAAUUGGCGAGAAAUCGCCAAUAUACCGUACGAUUGAUGGCGCCGUUUAAUAUGAGAUGCAAAACAUGCGGUGAAUAUAUCUACAAGGGCAAGAAAUUUAAUGCGCGUAAGGAAGACGUCGAGGGCGACGAUUACCUGGGAAUACGCAUUUACAGGUUUUACAUCAAGUGUACACGCUGUCUGCAAGAGAUAUCCUUUAAGACUGAUCCCAAGAACACAGAUUAUGAGAUCGAGGCAGGUGCUACAAGAAAUUUCAUGGCGUUGAAGUUGGCAGAGGAACAAGCACAGAGGGAAGAAGACGAGGAAAAAGAAGAGGAGGCCACUAAUCCAAUGAAACUCUUGGAGAAGAGAACCCUUCAGUCGAAGCAGGAGCUGGAGCUGCUAGAGUCUCUCGAGGAGUUGAAGGAUUUAAAUCGCAGGCAACAGACGAUAGAUUACGAUCAAAUGUUGCAACAAUUUGACACAGAAACUAGUAGACAGCGAACAGAAAAAGAACAAGAAGAAUUAGAUGAACAGUAUAUUAAAUCUGUAUUUGGUAAAAGACAGUUAACGGGGACUGUUGUAGAAGAGGAAAUUGAAGAGAUAGAAGAAGAAGAAGAAAAAGAGAAAGAAGAAAAAGAAGAAAAAGAAGAAGAGGUAAAUAUGGAACCCCCUUCAAAAGUGCCUAAGGUGAGUGAAACAAAUGACAAAGAAUCAGUGAAACCUAAGAUAUCAUUGUGGUCAGGGAAAGCUGGAUUAUCGUCUAGCAAAAAUAAUUCGUCCACUUUAGCUAAAAAAAGCAAUAUCGGCAUAAAGAUAAAUGCGAAGCCGUCACAAAAUAAAAGCGUGUCCGAGAGCGUGGUUUCUACCGAUAAUGAAAAAGUCCCGCAGUCGAACGAGACGCAAGACACUCCAACGAGUACCUCGAAUACAGCAAGUACAGGCACUAAGUCAGAUAACACAGGCAAUAGUCUUUCGCUGUUAGGUACGUAUUCAGGUAGUAGCGAUAAUGAUAGCGAAUAAUAGAGAGAAAUAUAAGCUAUAAUAUAUUUCGGAGAUGUACAGAUUUGUAUGCGACAAGGUAAACAUUGUGAUACAAAAUAAAGGAGAUCUACAAAUAGGA